AUGAUUUUCAGAAAACGUGGUAAAUUACUAGAUGAUGAAAAAUGGUCCUAUGAUGGUGACUCGGUCGAAGUAGUAGACCAAUUUAACUAUCUUGGUAUUGUCCUACAUUUUACCUGCAAAUUUUCACAUGCUAUAAAAUGUAUAUCUGAACAAGGAAGAAAAGCAUGUUUUGCAAUGAAGAAAAGUUCCAAGCCCUUGUUUUUAAACCAAAGUUCAUUGUUGGCGUUAUUUGAUACGUAUGUAGCUAGCGUACUGUUCUAUGGUUGUGAAAUUUGGGGUUUUCAAAAAGCAGAUUUAAUUGAAAAAAUUCACCUUGAUUUUUGUAAAAAUUUUCUAAAAGUUAAAGGAUGUACAAGCAAUAUUAUGAUUUAUUUUGAAUUAGGUAGAUAUCCAUUGGUGCAUGAACGUACCUAUCGUAUGAUGAAAUAUUGGUUCAAACUGAUCAAAACUGAUAAUUGUAUAAUGAGUACAAUGUAUAGUGAGAUGAAAUCUAGCUGCAAAACGUUUCAAGAGUUGGGGCUUGGUUAUAUUUGGGACAAUCAGGAUCAUCUGGUAGAAAGUACGAUGUAUUAUUUAUCACUAAUUAAACAAAGGAUUUUUGACCAAGCAUUGCAGAAUCUUUACCAUCAGCUAAAUACAUCUGUGAAAUGCGGCAAUUUGUAUAGAUACUUGGUCGAAGACUUAAAAACUCAACAAUACUUGGUCAAACCUAUACCUGAUAUUUAUAAAACAUGUAUUACGAAAUUAAGGCUAUCUUCACAUAUUUUGGCAAUAGAAACUGGUAGAUAUAAGAAAAUAAGUCGUCCCAAUGGAAUCCACCCAGUGAAGCUCCAGUUAUUUCAGGAACAGUAUUCCCUGUGUUAG